CCUGGUGUUUUUCUUCUAUAUGCUCCUUCCUGUACUAGGAUCAUGCAGAAUCAGCAGUAUGCAGAGAAGCAGGGGCUCCUGGGCUCACUGUGUCCUGGGCAGAAGAAGCUGGAGGGGAAGACUUUCUACAUGGACAAUCUGAAGAAACGUGCAACAGCUCUGCUAGUCGAGGCCAUAUCUCUACUGGGAGGGGGGGUCGAGAGUUUCCUGCACAAAGAUGUGAGCUUUGUUGUGACUGGAAGCCAAGAGGGCCUGAGUGAAUCCAAGUGCACUGAAUCCAAAGCGGGGGCGAAGGAUACGAGUGAUGAAGCUCCAUGUCCUAUCAUGACACGAGAGAGUGUCCCCAGCAACGGCAAACAGCGACCAAGAACUCCAAGGCCAACGAUUUGUGGCAGCCGUGGGAAAGCCCUGCUUGAAAAAGCCAUUCGCAACAAUGAACGACUGAAAGGGAGCAGUGUUUUGGCCAAUGCCCGAUCGUGGGGAGUGAAGAUUUUGUAUGUGGAUGACGUGCUGUUAUAUUUGAAACAGCUGACUAGAGAGAGCUUCAGUGCGGCACCUAAGCGGCCAGAGAGAACAUACACCAAACAAAAUGCUCACGUUGUCAAGGCUGCAGCUCUGAGGACUCCCUACCUUAAAAUUGAAGAUAUGAGCAGGAAAUACAGGCCUCUCCAUAUGCAGUCUGUAAGUUUCCCCACGCUGUGGUACUCUGGGCGAUUUAGUCCCUUUGAAUCUCCUCCUCCUGUCUUUGAAGAACAGACAGGGCAGGCAGAGAAUAAAACAAGGGAGAAGAAGAAAGUUGAAAGUGGCAUUCAGGACAAAUCUCAAACCCCGAUCAGCUGCAACCCUUCACCCUGGCGGCCGCGGAAAAAGGACAUGUCUUACUGUGAAUGCUGUCAACAACCCUUUAAUCAUCUGGAGGAGCACCUGCAGUCUGAUCAGCACCGUGCCUUCGUGCUGGAUCUCUCAAACUACAGCGUGGUGGACCAACUUGUUGCUGAAAUGCUUCCGGGAUUUGACCCAAAUCCACCUCAGCAAUCAGUAGAAACACUGAAACUACCACCUCCUCCUUCGCUCAUGGAGGAUGUUUGUGAGCUGGAGCCUCUCACUGAUGUUGAGACAGAGGAAGCUGUUCAAGCCCUGCAGUCAUUCAACGCUCACAUCUUUAAUCCUCCAAACGGACCUCUUUCAUCUGACCCUGCCAGCCCGUCACCAGGAGUUCAGUGUCCCACCCCAACACCAGCCACUCCACCUAAUGACAUCCAGCUUUACACUGCUUACACAGACUGCAAGCGCCCUCUCAGUCCAGGAAUGCCUGUGUUGGAUAUUGAACCACAAACCAACCACUUACCCCAGCAGCUGCCUGAUACUCAUCAUCUUUACCCCUGCCUAUCCUCAGACCCUUACUUGCUGCCUCCGGUCCUCAGCCCACAAGUCUCUUAUUCCUCCCAUGUGACUGAGCCACACAGCCCUUACUCAGAGCCUCCUGUCCUCAGUCCUCAAUGGUACACUGCUAAUGAUGCUGUAGAGGGACACACAGCAGAAAAUGUGCCUCAGUUUGGCUCAGUUGUCACAAUUCCUGUCUCCUCCCCACCUCUUUCCUGUGUGGCUGUGACAAAUACAGAUUUAAUAAAAGGAUCGAAUCAAGACAGUCAUUUUGGAUUCAGUGGGAUCAGGUGUUCAACCAAAGGUUUGGGAUGCGCUACGUCGUUUUCUCGUAGAUCUCGUUCCCUCCCUCGACAGUCAGCGAUAGCACCAAACCCCAAAAAGCGCUGUAGAUCAGCCAGCCCUGAACAGAGCCGGAGCAAAAAGAGGAGGAUUACAGAACAAGGACAUACUGCAGAAACAGAAAGAGACAUGAUAUUGAAACCUGAGGACAGUUUCUUAUUAGACAAAAUCUCCUGUCCGAUUUUACAGUCCUCCCCAAACCAAAAGCUCUCUUCAACAUGCACUGGUGAAACACUUUCUUUAAAACACACUUUUACAACUUUUUGUGUUCCUGCUUUACAGAAUUUCACUCAGGCACCAAAUCAAGGGGACACUUUAGCUCACGGUAGCACUUCUUUUGUCGAUCAGCCAUCAUGGCAGCUGUCAUCCAAAUCAAAGACUUUUGAACCUCUAGUUCACUUCCCCUACAACAAAUCCCUUUCCAGCCAAGACUCUCAACGCUCACUAUCCCACUCCACCUCAGUGUGCAUAGAGCCGGCCCUCAUUCCAGACUUAGCCGCGCUCUCUUCAUCAUCAUCAGACUCGGACUGGGACUGUGAGCUUCUCUCACAUAUUGGACCCUCCUCAGCUGCUCCUGUGUCCCCCACUGAGCAGACCUGCGAGCUGGACAAGGAGCUCCUCCACAGGCGGUGCACUUGGAUGCACGACACAAGCUAUGAGUCCCGUCUGCACACUGUCCUACAGCCGACCAACACGGCGACCUCGCUGUGUGGGGAUGAAAUGGACCCUUCUGCGUUUUCUAGGACUGUGGUACAGAUUGUUGAGGUUCAGCACUGACAUGUUUUUUUCCCCAAUUAUUUUUAAGAACAGGAAAAUCAAUCCCAUGAAAGCCAUGACAAGCAUUUGGUGUAGCAAGUUUUUAACUUGAAAUUGACAAUGAACUUGUCAGAAUAAGUCAAUGAAAUGUACACUGAAUAAAUAUUUAAAACUUAGUGCAAACUAAAAUGUAUAUUAAGCUGUUUUUAGAGAUGCAGAUUUUAUCUAUGGUUUUAUUUUUAUUUUUAAGAAGUUACUGAGUGUAUGCUGCAACGUCAUGAAUUCAGAGAGCAUCCAUUAUUAUUUUUCCUCAACUCCUAAUCCUCCUUGUGCACAAAACUUAAGCAUUAUACUGCGUGUCGUGCUGACUUGAGGCUAUGAGCAGCUAUGUCCGGGAACACAUGGUGGUAUUGAGAAUUUAAUGAGGCAUUUCUAAAGGGGGCAUUACUCAAUUACUGUAAGUGCUGCGUCUGGAUCAGAUCCCACUCUCACCAGCGUUCAGGCGUUAGUGGAGAGAAGGACUCGCACAACACGCGAGACAGAACUCUGUCUGAUUAAUGUCAAAUGGCUUUUCCUGCCUGUUGAAGGUGGGCCAGAGGAAUGUCUGUCAAGGAGUGUGUGUGUGCUGCAGCUACAGGGAAGUUUAUUAUCUUCACUCACUUGUUUUUGGAGUGCAAGGUCAUUGUUCAUAACAAAAGCGGACAACCAAACCCCCAGGCUGUCCUGAAAUCACACCUUACUUUGACAUUUUUAACCGAUUCAGAAUGUAACAAGCUAUCAGAAAUACCACAUGACUUUAGCAUGUGCAAAACCUUCAGAUCUUGUACAGUGUUUUUAAAUAAAUGCUUUUAACCAUAA